CCUUUAGUAGAAAUUAUGGGCGUGGAGGCAGACGGGGCUAAUAUAACUUUAAGUCAGGUUAAGGAAGGAAUUAAAGGAGACAAUAUAUUUCUUGCUGAAAUGGAUAGCAAGACAAAAACUAAUCAAGGACAGGGACUCGAUGGAGCGAACAAAUUUGUAUCAGUGAAUGGUUCACAUGGAGUGAAGGGAGAGGGCAAAGAUGGAGGUCAUGUUGCCAAUGCCAAUUUCCCGAAGGAUGCUGUAGACGUGUGGCCAUCACCAAGGCAAAUUCAUACCUUCUACUUUGUCAAGUACCGUUCUUAUGAAGACCCAAAACGGAAGGCAAUGCUUGAACAAGCUGACAAGGAGAUUCAAAAGAAGAAUCAAGCUCGAUUCCAGAUAACUGAAGCAUUAAAGGCCAAAAGGUCUGAGCGAGCACAAGUGAUUUCGCAACUAAAGCUUUUGACCGCGGAGGACAAACGAUACCGUAUGAUUAUGGAUGAGAAGAGAAAAGAAAUGAAACCUUUUCAAGAAGCUUUGGGCAAGCUGCGUACUGCAAAUAAUGAUGUGAGAGAGAAAGGCAUGGGUUUAUGCUCUUCAGAGGGAGAGCUUAAUGAACUUAUACAAAGCCUGCAUUAUCAGAUGCAACAUGAGAGUCUCACUUUAGUUGAGGAGAAGCAGUUGAUGAAGGAGAUCAAACGGCUCGAAGGAACAAGAGAAAAGGUUAUUGCUAAUGCUGCUAUGAAAGCAAAAAUUCAGGACACUUUAGGUCAGAGGGAAGCUAUCCAAGACCAAGUCAAAUUACUAGGUGGUGACAUUGAUGGAGCAAGAAAGGAAAAACAAGCAGUCAGGACGAAAAUCGGACAACUUGAAGAAGAUCUAAAGGCCAUUGAUGAUGAAAUAAAUUCCUUGCAGGAGGAGCUGACUGCUGUGAAUGAGAAGAAGGACAAAGCAUUUGAAACUCUCCAUGAAUUGAAGAAAGCACGUGAUGAAGCAAAUGCAUGUUGCUUCCAAAACCGUUCUCUCUUAAACAGUGCCCGUGAUCUUGCUGCAAAGAAGGAUAUAGCAGCGCUGCAACAGCUUGCUCAUGCUGAGAUUGAGAAAUUUAUGUCACAGUGGAGCAGUGAUAAAGCCUUCAGACUUGAUUAUGAGAAGAGGAUAUUGCCAUUCCUUGACAUUCGACAGCUUAGCAUGGAUGGACGGAUGAGGAACCCUGAUGAAAAGCCAAUUGUUUCCAAGGCGCCACCAUCCACAGUACCAGAGACCUUGCCAGCUAAAAUGAAUGUAAAGCGAGUGGAGGAGGAUUUGAACCCUGCUCCGCUACAUGAUACUGACGCUAGUCACGAGGUACAUGAUGAUGGCAAUACUAAAUCAAUUGAGGUGGCAUCAGAAGGAAAGAUGAGCAGUCCUAUGGACAGUGAGAACAUCCCAGCAACUGAGAAAUCCCAAAAAGAGUCUUCAAAAGUCGAAGAGAUUGAUAAUGUGAAGUUGAAGGAGACGAAAAGAGACGAGGAGAUUGCAAAAGCUAAGUUAGCUUUGGAGAGGAAGAAGAAGCUAGCUGAUAAAGCAGCAGCAAAAGCAGCAAUCAGAUCUCAAAAAGAAGCUGAAAAGAAAUUCAAAGAGAAGGAGAAGAGAGCUAGGAAGAAGGCGGGGACUACUGCCCCUGCUGAGCAGACUGAAAUGGACGUGAAGGUCGUGGAGCCAGAAGAAACUAAUGUGAAUGUAGAUGCCCCAGUUUCUGCAAUAAGUAAAGAAAAAGGAAAACCUAGGCAUAGAAAUCGCUCAAAAGGUCAGACUCCGCUCUCAAGGGUCGUCAUUAAAAGGAAGAAAUCAUAUUCAUAUUGGUUAUGGGCUGCUCCAGUGGUAAUGGUGGCUCUGGUGCUCGUGUUGUUGGGAUACUUCUACUCUUUUGGGAGAAACUGAGCUUAGAUUAGUGUAUAUUCAAGGUGCAUGCUAGUUUUGCAGGAAGGGGAACUUUGGUAGACGAUCAGCUUAUAAUACUGUACAUCCAGAGAGUGAAUACUGUGUAGAAACUUCGUAUUGAUAGGCCCAUGUAUCGCUGAGUUUUCAUUGAAUAGCAUGCAGUCCAUUUAGUAUGUUGUUAAGGUUUAUGUAACUUCAAAAAUAGUUGUUUAGAAUAAAACAAUUGCCUGUUGUUGCGAGAUCAUCGGAUAUGGAUUUUAUUUGUUCUUUUAUGUUGAAUUAUCUUACAGAA